AUGGGAGAGAUCAGCGAGCACCGGUGCAUGGUCUCUCGAAAGGAUCGUUUCCUUUUGUACGCCUUCUGUGCAGCAACGUUGAUACUGGUUGCAGCUACUUUCUGCUUGUUUGCUCUACAUCAAAUCAGAAUUGACCAACUCCAGGCUCACAUCAACGACAUACAAGAUAAACGAGCAGCAAAGAUCAACUCUGUAGGAAAGAAUGCAGACGGUCACGGCAUUGACAUGCUACAUCGUUACGUUAGAGAAGCUCUCGGUGGCAAAGUCGACAAUAAAGGAAGCACUAACAUGGACAAACUUGUAGAAGAGAUGAUCAAUAUGCAGCUGCGAUCACUGCGAGCUCACUGUAUCGCAAACGAAAGAGUCUGCAUUCAAGGUCCCAAAGGAAGCGUGGGAGCAAAAGGUGACAAUGGUAAACGGGGACCACAAGGCCAAAAGGGCCAAGAGGGAUUCGUUGGACUGCAAGGCGAGAAAGGUGAAAAAGGUGACGUGGGACCGCGUGGAACUAGCAUUGACCCUCCCGUCAUCACUCGUUCUCCAGUCAGCAUGACCGUAUUACAAAAAGGAGUAGCUGUCUUCAAAUGUGAGGCGCGUGGAACACCAAAUCCUACAAUCAGUUGGAGAAGACUGGAUAACUCGCCGCUCCCGAAAUUGCGAGCUUCUGUAUUGCUCACUAAAGCACUAAGAAUCGUUGAUAUCCAACAAGAAGAUGCAGGAUCAUAUGUAUGUGAAGCUAAAAACGUGUUUGGGUUAGAGCAAGCAUACGCCACUCUUGCCGUUCAAGCUCCUCCAUCUUUUGUUAAAGUGUCUUCUGACGUUGUUUCCGUCUUUCCCGGAGACGAUGUCAAAUUGGACUGUUUGACGUCAGGAUAUCCCAUUCCAACGAUUACUUGGUCUCGAGUAGAUGAUUUGCCCAAGUCCAGCAAAAUAGAGAAGAACGGAACUCUCAUUCUUCGUAACGUGACGCAAUCGGAUGUAGGUCAAUACAUCUGUACAGCACAAAACGAUAUUGGAAACAAGACUCACUCUCUCACUCUCAGACUAGAUUUAAAUAGUUAG